CUUCAACCCAACAAUUCUGCGAACGUGGCCAUGGCAACCAAUGGCGUGUUCGUUAACCCACUGCAACAAACAGUGUCAAGGCCAUCUAAUUCUAAUGGCAGGAGUCACACAGCGGCCCAACAAAGACCUCUGGCAUACGUUCGCCCUGACUCGAGUCAACCCACAGGCCUCGUGCCGCACAGUUCAAUGGAAAGAAACAGAAUACAGAAGAAAUUAGAUUUCAUUAACACUCCGUCAGCGCAACCUGAGUCCCACACAGAGAACUUCUUAGAAUUUCUUCGACAGCCUUCAAGCUCAGUUCGAUUUCUUACGGUAGAGAAAAUGACAAAUAGGCUUUUAUCUUCAUAUGAAUUCAAACCACCUCAGGCUUUAUGUAGACCCACGAGAUAUCCAGCUUCAAUUUUUUCACACACAGAAUGGGCUAUACAUUUAGGCCUAAUUGCCAGACCUCCGGAUAUAAAUACACUUCCCAGAACUUCGGAUUCAAAUAUACUUCCCAGAACUUCCGAUUCAAAUAUACUUCCCAGAACUUCGGAUUCAAAUAUACUUCCCAGAACUUCGGAUUCAAAUAUACUUCACAGAACUUCGGAUUCAAAUAUACUUCACAGAACUUCGGAUUCAAAUAUACUUCCUAGAACUUCGGAUUCAAAUAUACUUUCUAGAACUUCGGAUUCAAAUAUACUACCCAGAACUUCAGCUUCUAAUAUCAUCCCCAGACCUCCUGUUUCAUGCAGGCUAGCUAGGCCUGAGGACAGAGAUCCUUUUGACCCAUGAAGU